AUGCGCCUUCCCGCCGCCCGCUUCCCCUUUCCCGCCGCCCGAUGCGCAUUCCCGCCGCCCGAUCCCCUUUUCCCGCCGCCUCCCUUUUCCCCUGUCCGUCGCCCGACCCCCCUUCCCUUCCUUCUCUCCCUUCCAUCCCUUCUCUCCCUUCCCUCCCUUCUCUCCCUUCCAUCCCUUCUCUCCCUUCCCUCCCUUCUCUCCCUUCCAUCCCUUCUCUCCCUUCCCUCCCUUCUCUCCCUUCCAUCCCUUCUCUCCCUUCCCUCCCUUCUCUCCCUUCCAUCCCUUCUCUCCCUUCCCUCCCUUCUCUCCCUUCCCUCCCUUCUCUCCCUUCCCUCCCUUCCCUCCUUUCCCUCCAAUCCCUCCCUUCUCUCCAGUCUCUCCCUUCCCUCCCUGUCUCCCUUCCCUCGCUUCCCUCCCUUCCCUCCCUUCUCUCCCUACUCUCCCAUCUCUCCUUUCCCUCCCUUCUCUCCCAUCCCUCGCUUCCCUCCUUCCCUCCCUUCCCUUCCUUCCCUCCCUUCUCUCCCUUCCCGCCCUUCUCUCCCCCCUUACCUUCUCUCCCUUUUCUCCCUUCCCUCUCAUCCCUCCAUGCAAUCUCCUGUCUCUCCUUUCUCUCCCUUCUCUCCCGUCCCUCCCGUCCCUCCCGUCCCUCCCGUCCCUCCCAUCCCUCCCGUCCCUCCCUUCCCGCCCUUCUCUCCCUUCAAUACCUUCGCUCCCUUCCCGCCCUUCUCUCCCUUCAAUACCUUCGCUCCCUUCCCGCCCUUCUCCUCCCCCCCACCGUAUCUCCGUUACCUUCCAUUUCAUCCCUACCCUUCCUCGUCUCUCCCUCCCGACAUCCCUGCUUCUCCUUUCACUCCCUUUCAUCCCUUGCCUCCCUUGACUACCUUCCCUCCCUUCUCUCCCUUCGAUAGAAGUCUCUCCGUUCCCUCCUUUUCUCUCCCUUCUCUCCCGUGUCUCCCUUCCUCGCCCUUCACUCCCUUCCCUCCCUUCUCUCCCAUGUCUCCCUUCCUCUCCCUUCACUCCCUUCCCUCCCUUCUCUCCCUGCCCUCCCUUCCCUCCCUUCUCUCCCUGCCCUCCCUUCCCUCCCUUCUCUCCCUGCCUUCCUGUCCCCCAUCCUUCCAUCCUUACGCACUCCUCCAGCCAUUCUCUCCUCUUGCAAUCCUCACUGCCAUCCUUCCCUUCCGCUAA